AUGAAGACUGCUGGCGCCACCAUCCUUUCUCUCCUUGCCGCUACCGGCUUUGCUGUCCCAAUGGAACAAGCUGAGCAAGCCGGCCAGGCUCAGAUCAUGGAGCAAGCCCAGAUCAUGGAGCAGGCCCAAAUGGCAGUCAACGGCCUCUUUGACCCUCCUCGCAACGGCAAUGGCAACAUCAUUGGUGACAUUUUUGACACUGCCGCCUGUAUCCUUGGCAGCUUUAUUGGCAGCCGCUCCUGUGACAGGCGUGAUCCCCAGGUCAUUAACAUCACUAGCGAUAAUCACCAUAACGACAACAAUAACAGCAGCAGCAGCAGCAGCAGUACUAGCACUUCCUACCAGUACAGCUAUACUACCGACUCGGACGGAGACUACCACAUUGAGAUUAUUCCUGGUGGUAACAAGUCGAACUGCACCUAUACCGUUGCCAAGGAGGAUGCGGCGGUCUUGGCCACCACCAUCAACGCGCUUGCCACCAAGUGCCUCAAUAAAUAG